AUGUCGCGAUACAAUCCGAACUGGGGUCGCCCCAACCGCAACACUCCCAACGACAAUGCUGAUGAGGCACAACCGCCAUACCGUGCGAACCCAAUCUUCAGUCCUGGUAACAGCCAGCCAGACAACUCUUCGCCAAAUCUUCCUCCAACUGGUCCAUCAGUGGCCCCUUUCCAACCGACUCGGCAAGGAGCGCCUCCUGGCUCGAGCAGCAACCGGGCGCUACCUCAUCCAGGUGGUCAAUUCACCCCUCGGCAGGCCAAUACCAACGAGAAAACUCCCCAGACUGGUGGCAGAGGGGGACACCCACCGUUGUCUCACCGUCCGAGACAGCCACAAACAGGUCAUGGCGGUAGGGGUGGUCGGCUGCCUGGGAACUCGAAACCUCAAGGGACACGAAAUGUCGACAUUCCAGGGAAAGAGCUGCUAGCCAACCAUUUCGCCAUCACACUAGGAACCUACCAACAAGUCUUUUCUUACGAGUUGAACAUCAGUAGAGUUCACCCAGAAGCACAGAACGACCAAAGUCGAACCACCGAGACAGAGAAUGGCGUCCCCGCUACACAGAAGACACGCAAAAUCGCGAGACAGAAGAAGAGACGACUGGUUUACCUCCUCCUCGAGCAACUUAAGUUGGAAAAUAGACUUCCGGACCCCAUCGCUACUGAUUACCUGAAGCUGCUCAUCACACCAUGCCAACUGGAUGAGGGUAUCACCAAGUCACGCGAAUUUGAUUUCUACGACGAGUACUCGGCUGGUCCCGACCCAAAUUGUGACCGGUACCGUGUAGAGUUUGAAAAGCCUAAGCCGAUCUCUCUGACCGAUCUCUUCGCGCACUAUGGCUCUACACAAUCUCAGGCCGCUGGUGCGCAGAUAUCGACUGAAGCUCUCACUGACGCAACCACCGCUCUCAACAUCAUCUUCAGCUAUCUUCCUUACCAACGAUGCUUUUCCGACCGUCAUGACUCUACCCCCUCGAUGACUACGGUAAAAGGACAGACGUUCUAUGGCAUUGCUCCUCCACCUCCUCCCCGACAUUUAGGUCCCUGGAUGACAGACACUGGGAAGGUACUCGACGGGCGAGGUGGCCUCUACAGCAUUCCAGGAUUCUCGAGGAGUGUCCGAGGCUCAUUCAGUUCGUCGGGACACGUGGAUCUCAACAUCUACAUCAAGACGGGCUGUUUUUGGCAGCAUGGGAGUGUCCAAGACGUGAUUGAUGCAUUCAGACGUCAACACCCUUCGGCCAGUCUGUAUGCCCUUCAAGAGUUCUUGCGUCGAGCUCCAGUAAGGUUAGCGUUCCAGGAGCCAGGACUCGAUCGGUUCUCCGGCAUCAAAGGCGUGGUGGGCAAUGAUGGACUGUCUACAGCCGAUAGAUGCGACAUGAGACAUCUCAAACAACAGCAUUCGGGCGGUCUUGUGAGAGACUACUUCUCCAUGAAGCAUAAUUGGCAGAUGGACCCAAAAGUAAAUGUCGUCAAGAUCGGGAAAGAGUCACAGAACGGGCACAUGACGGUCCCUGCAAACCUGCUUCAGAUCCUGCCUGGGCGAAUGAAGCCAAGCGAGAUACCCCGGUUUUCGACUCGAUUUCCAGAUGAGAACUACAACAUGAUUGUCACAGAUGGCCGGCGCACAUUUUAUUCGACCGACCUUGCCCAUGGUGGAGCGGCAGCGUUUCGCUUGUCAAUUGAUUCCAGAAUGGCCAGAGUCCCCGUCACGGUGCUGGCGCGGCCCAGCCUUAUGUACAAGACUUCAGAAAACUCGAAUCAGGCGAAAUACAUAGACGGAGCGCUCAUUCACGCUGGUCAAUGGAAUAUCCAAGGUGCCGCUUUUGUGAGGCCAGCUUCUGGGAAGAAGUGGUCAUGCGUCGAGCUCACGGCGGAGGGAAGGCCAUUGAAAUGCCCAACGCAAGGGAUGACUCAUUUCGUGGACCAUCUGACCCAUGCGUUGUGGCAAUAUGGCAUGCAGAGAUUUGAAUGGUGGCAGUUCAACCCCAGCAACAUGGGUGCACAACAGUACGCCGACACAGACUUGUUUCCGAAGCAGAAGACUGUUUCGAGUUUCCAGAAGCAGUCCACCGCCAUCAUAAAACUGCUCAAGGAUCUUAAAGCGAAUGGAGUCCAGCUGGUGGUCCUGCUUAUCCCUGUCCAUGAUUUGGAACUCUACGGUGCUAUCAAACGAGCGGGCGACCAGAAGGUUGGCAUCGCUACCGUCUGCCAUGUGCUCCAGUCUGGCGGCAAGGCACUCUGGCCCAAAAGCAUUCUACGUCCUGGCGAUUCACAGGGUAGGGUCAACCACGACUUUCUGGCGAAUUUGUGCAUGAAGAUCAACUUGAAAGUGGAUGAGGCGACCGUCAAUCAAGCCUUGCAUGGUAACCCAAAGAUUCUGACACCCAAGACGAUGAUCAUCGGCAUUGACGUGGCUCAUGGAGGCGGACCAAGGAAACACUGCCCCAGCGUUGCGGCCGUGGUCGGCAGCGUCAAUGCAGAAUUCUCGCAGUGGCCAGCAAGUUUGUUGGCGAAUCCAUGUUCCACGAGAGAUGAUGAAGAGAAAGAAGCCAACGAGAAGAUACUGGAUCUGGACCAGGCCGUGUACGAGCGACUUCUGGACUAUUACAAUCGUAACCAUGAUCCACGCCCCAAAGGGUCCAAGGACAGCGGCAUUCCAGACCAGAUCAUCGUGUACCGAGACGGUGUGUCCGAGUCGCAAUUCGCAAUGUGCAAAGAUUACGAGUACGAAAAGAUCGGGGCGGCCUUGAGCAAGCUUUUCCAACAAAAGGGGUUGCCUGUCGAGCUUCGGCCCAAAGUCACCCUCAUCUGCGCCAUCAAACGCCACCACACGCGUCUCUUCCCGAAUCCCGACGUCAGCUCGCAAGACAGAAGUCUCGUGCUAAACCAGCAACAGAAGAACGGCAGCGUGAACAACAACCCCGUCCCGGGCUGCGUGGUGAUGGACCGGAUCACGUACGGACAGGGCAACGACUUUUUCUUGGUCGGGCAGAAGGCCAUCCAGGGCACGGCCAUCCCGGUGCAUUACAAUGUGUUGCAGAAUCCGCACAACUACGACAUCCAGGAUAUUGCCAGGAUGACAUACCAUCUCUGCUAUCUCUUCGGCCGCUCGCGAACUUCCGUCGGACCAUGCACUCCCGUCUACUACGCCGACCUGGUCGCCGACCGCGCGCGGUGUUUCGUGCGCCAAUUCUACAACCCGCCACGAGACAACGACCAGGAUCAGCCACUCCGGCCGUUUGACGAGAGCGAACUGGGCCAUUUCAAGGACUGCCUCCAACUGCAUCCGGACAUUGCGCGACAUAUGUUUUAUAUCUGA